AACAGUCGGCGAGGCGUCACUCGUUAGUCGACCGUCGAUCAGAAUGGUCCCAAACUGUGACCGAAAAGUUAUCACAGGCCUACUCAUAACUGAAGAAGCACACCAAACAGCUGACGAACACGUGAAUGAAUUGCCAUCAAGUCAAGUGUAGCGUGACAUACUCUACGAACUAACUGACCGUUGUUUGAAGUGCCAUCGCCGAAUAGGGAAUAGCUAAUUCAAUUUAAAUGGCAAACUCCGCUAUCUGCUACAUUUUAUAAUCCCUAAAUCCAUCAGUGAAGUGAAAGUCGCGGCUCACCGUUGAAGCAAUGGUAACAUAGCCGGCUCAGUGAAGAGUGUUUAGUUUAAAAACAAGUGAUCCCUAAUUGAGAAGUGAUACUCGUGGAGCUUCCAGUGAAUCAUGAAACUGCUUCUGAAAAUUCAUAACAAGGAACGCAAUCAUCUCAAUCAGCAGCGGAAACGUAAAUACUACCGUCGAGUAUCAAAGUCGUCAUCCUCCACAAGCGGCAAGAAUUCAUCAUGUGCAGUGUCAUCGGAAGCCAGUUACAUAGCUAGAUCCGGCAGAAACAACCAAAGCCGAGGACUUCCAUCACCGGAGCAAUCAUCAGCGCUAAGACAGGAACGAUAUUUCCUCUAUGGAGCGCUCAUCCUUUUUACUAUAAUCGCAUUCUCUGCAGCAUUAUAUUUCAUCAUAAACCAGACUCAAAGCAACUCUAGUCCUAGUCAACCGGAGAUCCUCUUCGGUAAUAAUUACGUAUCGGGAACUAUUCCCAACCUUGGUAACGGCCAUCUAGUCAUCGAUCGUCAAAACUGGGGUGCCCAAAGCGAUACCCGCGGACCGUACCCAUUACAACAUCCUACACCUUAUGUCUUAAUUACCCAUAUCGGCGUCCAGUCAACGCCCUGUAUAGAUAUGUACAGAUGCUCGAUCAAAAUGCGAACUAUCCAAGACGCGGCCGUAGCCGAGCUAAAUCUACCAGACAUCCCCAACAACUUCUACCUCGGCGGUGAUGGAUUCAUCUACGUUGGUCGAGGCUGGGAUAUAGCGAAUGCCUACGCCAAUCACACCUUGUCGGUAUGCUUCAUGGGAGACUACAUUCGGUACGAGCCGAAUGACAAACAGUUCUCCGCCCUUGAACACCUUCUGGCCCACGGAGUCGCUAAAGAUUAUCUGACGAAGGAUUACCAACUCGUGGCACAUAAUCAGACAAGAACAACCAGAAGCCCUGGGCCAUACGUAUACGAUCGGAUCUCCAAGAUGCCACGAUGGUCCCCUUGUGGAACGGCAGGUUAUAGUGCAUGCGGUGCCGAAAUUGGACUGCCAACGGUAUGGGCCCAGGAUUAUCCAAAGAAGAACAUCACCAGCAAUCAUCCUCCAACCACGAAUGGAGAAACCGUAUGAACGGUAUCUGUAGUCGGUGCGAAAUAAAUCAUUUGAGCAAGUGCAUCGCGCUUGUAUUCGAUGUCAGGAGAGCAGACAAUCGUUCGUAAUCUGUAAAAUCAACUACAAUAACACUGGAAUGGCAAACGGAAACAGACACUUGAAAUCGUUAGUUUAUACAGUUUGUGUUAGACGUACGCUAACGCUGCAUCGUUAGGGCAUUGGCACCACUCAUGGAAACCACGUGAAUUUAAAUUGGGAAUCUCCAAAAGAUGAUCUAGAUAUGAUUGAGACUAAUUUUUUUUAAAAGGGAACCUGUGACUAUGAUGUAAGGAAUAAUGUAAUUUAGUAUGCUCAUAUGAAUGCAACAUAUUGUAUGCAAAUCGAUGUAUUGUUGAAUAUAUAUAUUUAAGCUUGGAUUUUACGCAUGUUGAUUUCUCUAUGAUAUGCUCAAAUUAAUGUAUAGGUUGGAAAAUACGAAUAUUAUAAUAAAUUACAUGUGAAUUUA